UCUAUAAAUAGCAAACAACCUCUUUAUUCUAUUAUUACACAUCCAAUUUUUCUAGAUGAAGAUCAUUCACAUUUUUCUUUUUCUUUUUUAUCUUCUCUCAUAUACCUCCCAUGCUGUAUCCACCAAUGAUUUCUGUGUAGCCGACUUUACGUUUCCAAAAACCCCUUCAGGUUAUCCAUGCAAGUCCGAAACAAAUGUAACAGCAAAUGAUUUUGCAUCCUCUAGUCUUGUAGCUGCAAACACAAAAAACAUUUUCAAUUCUGGACUCACCACUGCAUUUGUCAAGGAUUUACCAGGUCUCAAUGGACUCGAUAUAUCGGCGUUAAGAAUCGAUUUCGAUAUAAAUGGAACGGUUCCAAUGCAUAUUCAUCCUGAUGCAUCUGAAUUAAUAAUUGUUGCUCAAGGUGAAAUCAAAGCUGGAUUUAUAACGCCCACAAAAGUUUAUGAGAAAUAUCUUAAAGUUGGUGAUGUUUUUGUUUUUCCAACAGGACUGUUUCAUUAUCAAGUUAAUAUUGGUCCCACAAAAGCUAUUGUUUAUGCUGUUUUUGGUAGCUCAAAUCCUAGUAUUCAAUUACUUUUUGGUUUAUUAUUUAAAAAUAAUUUACCAACUCCAAUAAUUCAAAAGACUACUCUCCUUGAUGCUUCACAAAUUAUGAAGCUUAAGGCUCAGCUUGGUGGCAGUGGCUAGAAUUGCUAGCUUAUAUGAAUCUAAUUUUAUGUUUGUUUUAAUUUAAGUUAAUUAUAUGUAUGAAAUAAAAUUUAUGUGUGUUUA